GAUCGCCCACGGAUCCUGCCUCUACUGAAUGUUUAUGAGGGAGGCGGGUCGACGCAGCUUUACGCAGCGGCGGGCGCCAUGAAGCUCAACGUGGAUGGGGUGCUGGUCUACUUCCCGUACGACUACAUUUACCCGGAGCAGUUCUCCUACAUGCUGGAGCUCAAACGCACGCUGGACGCCAAGGGCCAUGGAGUCCUGGAGAUGCCCUCCGGCACUGGGAAGACAGUGUCCUUGUUGGCCCUGAUCAUGGCAUACCAGCGGGCGUAUCCACUGGAGGUGACUAAACUCAUCUACUGCUCGAGAACCGUGCCUGAAAUUGAGAAGGGGCUUGUGCUGCAAACGAGGCCGAGUGUCCCCCUACCUCCUCGACUGGAACAGGUCAUUGAAGAGCUACGCAAGUUGCUCAACUUCUAUGAGAAGCAGGAGGGUGAGAAGCUGCCAUUUUUGGGGCUGGCUCUGAGCUCGCGGAAGAACCUGUGUAUUCAUCCUGAGGUGAUGCCCUUGCGCUUUGGGAAGGAUGUCGAUGGGAAAUGCCACAGCCUCACGGCCUCCUACAUGCGGGCGCAGUACCAACAGGACCCCAGCCUCCCCAACUGCCGCUUCUAUGAGGAGUUUGACGUCCAUGGGCGCCAGGUGCCCCUCCCUGCUGGUAUCUACAACCUGGAUGACCUAAAGGCCCUGGGGCAGCGCCAGGGCUGGUGCCCCUACUUCCUUGCCCGCUACUCGAUCCUGCACGCCAAUGUGGUGGUUUAUAGCUACCACUACCUCCUGGACCCCAAGAUUGCAGACCUGGUAUCCAAGGAGCUGGCCCGCAAGGCUGUCGUAGUCUUUGACGAGGCCCACAAUAUUGACAAUGUCUGCAUCGACUCCAUGAGUGUCAACAUCACCCGUCGGACUCUGGACCGGUGCCAGGGCAACCUGGAGACCCUGCAGAAGACAGUGCUCAGGAUCAAGGAGACAGACGAGCAGCGUCUGCGGGAUGAGUACCGGCGCCUGGUGGAGGGGCUGCGGGAGGCCAGUGCAGCCCGGGAGACCGACGCUCAUCUGGCCAACCCUGUGCUGCCCGAUGAGGUGCUGCAGGAGGCAGUGCCCGGCUCCAUCCGCACGGCUGAGCACUUCCUGGGCUUCCUGCGGCGGCUGCUGGAAUACGUCAAGUGGCGGCUACGUGUGCAGCACGUGGUGCAGGAGAGCCCCCCCGCCUUCCUGAGCGGCCUGGCCCAGCGUGUGUGCAUCCAGCGUAAGCCCCUCAGAUUCUGUGCCGAACGCCUCCGCUCCCUCCUGCACACCUUGGAGAUCGCUGACCUUGCCGACUUCUCCCCACUCACCCUGCUCGCCAACUUCGCCACCCUCGUCAGCACCUAUGCCAAGGGUUUCACCAUCAUCAUCGAGCCCUUUGAUGACAGGACCCCAACCAUCGCCAACCCCAUCCUGCACUUUAGCUGCAUGGAUGCCUCGCUGGCCAUCAAACCCGUGUUUGAGCGCUUUCAGUCUGUCAUCAUCACGUCUGGGACACUGUCCCCGCUGGACAUCUACCCCAAGAUUCUGGACUUCCACCCCGUCACCUUGGCCACCUUCACCAUGACGCUGGCCCGGGUCUGCCUGUGCCCCAUGAUCAUUGGCCGCGGCAAUGACCAGGUGGCUAUCAGCUCCAAAUUUGAGACCCGGGAAGAUAUCGCGGUGAUCCGGAACUACGGGAACCUCCUGCUAGAGAUGUCCGCGGUGGUCCCUGACGGCAUCGUGGCCUUCUUCACCAGCUACCAGUACAUGGAGAGCACCGUGGCCUCCUGGUAUGAGCAGGGCAUCCUUGAAAACAUUCAGAGGAACAAGCUGCUUUUUAUCGAGACCCAAGAUGGAGCUGAGACCAGCGUCGCCCUGGAGAAGUACCAGGAGGCCUGCGAGAAUGGCCGUGGGGCCAUCCUGCUCUCAGUGGCUCGAGGCAAAGUAUCCGAGGGAAUCGACUUUGUGCACCACUACGGACGGGCCGUGAUCAUGUUCGGCGUCCCCUACGUCUACACCCAGAGCCGCAUUCUCAAGGCACGGCUGGAGUACCUGCGGGACCAGUUCCAGAUCCGAGAGAACGACUUUCUCACCUUCGACGCCAUGCGCCACGCCGCUCAGUGUGUGGGUCGGGCCAUCAGGGGCAAGACAGACUAUGGCCUCAUGGUCUUCGCGGACAAGCGGUUUGCCCGGGCAGACAAGCGGGGAAAACUGCCCCGCUGGAUCCAGGAGCACCUCACAGAUGCCAACCUCAACUUGACCGUCGACGAGGGGGUCCAGGUCGCCAAAUACUUCCUGAGGCAGAUGGCGCAGCCCUUCCACCGGGAGGAUCAGCUGGGCCUGUCCCUGCUCAGCCUGGAGCAGCUGGAGUCGGAGGAGACGCUGCAGAGGAUAGAGCAGAUCGCCCAGCAGCUGUAGCGUGAGCUGGGGGCAGGGCCCUGCAGCUGUUCCCCGCGACUCCUGAGUCUCACCUGACCCUGGGCCCAGGCACCGUGGGGCCUCAGGGGAAGUACCUGAAGGUCCCUGCAGGACACCCCAGGCAGAUACUCCUGACCGCCAGAGCCAAGGCCUUUAAUCUCAGGAGAUGGUACUGGGGAAGCCACUCCACUCCCCCCACAGCUCUCCCCAGCGCCCCCGGGAGCUGCAGCCUCGUGGUCUGUCGCCUUCAGCGGGGACCCAGGUCCUGGGUGCUGGUGCUGAGGGUCCGCGAGGCCUCGCUUAGGUGCCGAUUGGAGACCUGGGGACAGGCACGGGGGGGUUGAUGGGGGAGCGAGGGGCAGGGCAGUGCUGUCCUGUCUGUACUCGGGCACCCCCGGCAUCCUGCCUGCCAGCGUGUUCUUCCCACUGGCCUCACUGCUCAUCUGCCUGUCCCCACAUCCAGCCUGACCCAUCCAUCCCUCUGUCCUUGGGUCCAUUCCUACAUCAACAUGCCAGUGUGGUCCCCCCACCUGGACCCUUGGCCCAGGUUUCCCUGUACCCCCUCACCUGGAUCCCAGCAGCCCCUGGGCUGUCUGUGUUCAGCACACUGAGUGACACAGCUCUCUUCAUCCUGCAAGGGGUGUGAGGUCAGGUGAGUCCAGGAGCGGCUAGCUUCCACUCUGGGGGAGACCUCUCCAGCACCAGGUGGGCACCAGGGCAGGACUGGGGCAGGGGUGGGCUGCAGCCGUCAGGGCUCUUUGCUGAUCUGAUCCAACACUCACCCGGCUGCCCCCGCCAGCCCCUCGCCUCGGAGACGGGAGACCAGCUUCUCGCUUCCACGCCGGAUGGACUCACGAAGCUUGGAGAAUGAGCUGCUCCGACGAAGGGUCUGGGGAGGGUACCAGGGACACUAAUCAGUCCCAUACCCCCAUCCCCACUCUGAGACACAAAGCCCAUCCUCACCUGUUGUCCUGCAUCACCAGCUGUGCCUGGGUUGGGGGCUCCUGAGGAACAGGAAGGGGACACCCGUGAGGACACUGAGAAGCCUCCUGGGGUGGGGGGGGGAGCUGGGGGCUCACCGAGAGGGGCUGGCAGGUCCUCCCUACGGAGGAUUUCCUUGUACAGCUCUUCUGCCUGCUGGUACUUGUUCUGUUUCAGGUAGGCUGAGGCCUGUGGGGAGGGCAUGGCCUGGGUGAUCUAGGUGCAAAUCUGGGAACCCUGGACUCAAGGCCUUGCGCUGCAGCAGAAUGAAUCUGGAGCCUGUUCCCCACUUCCAGCCUGGGGGACCGAGGGCAGGUGACUUCAGGACCUUGGGCCAGUGACAUGACCUCUUUGUGCCUUAGUUCUCUCAUCUGCAAAAAUGGGCCAAUAGGAGCACCCACCUCAUAGGGUCCUUUAAGAAAUGGAUGGCACAGGGACCAUACUAGGAAGCGGGAUGGGGUCUAGAGCUCAAUAAAUACUGUUGCUGUCA